CAGGUGCGCCAUCCCCGGUUGGCCGAAUGACACCUACGACAUAGUGUCUGACUAUCAGCAGGGCGUGUAUAACAAGACCGUACCACCAGGUGAAUCAUGCAAAAUUUACAGGUAAGUCUUAUUGAUUUGUGUGCUAUUUUGAUUUUGCAAAGGCUAAACAAGAUUUCAUUAAUAAGUUGAUUUUAGGAAAAUGUCGAAUUUGAUCGAGCUCGUUAUCUGUCUUCCACAUCUGUCUUCAUAUCUGUUUUAUUUGUCUUCCAUAUAUUUCUUACAUAUCUGCCUUCCAUAUCUGUCUUCGAUUCUGUCUUCCAUAUCGAUCUCCAUAUUUGUCUUCCAUACCUGUCUUCCAUAUAUGUCUUCUAUAUCUGUCUUCCGUAUCUUUCCUAUGUGUCUUCCAUAUCUGUCAUCAAUAUCUGUCUUCCAUAUUUCAUUUACAUCAUUGUAUGUAAGUACGUUUCAUUUAGUUUUUUCUGAAAUAGUUGGUGUAAUAAAUCUGCGGUGUGAAAGCGGGUGGGGCACUUGAAUAUGAAAUUUAAAAAAUGAAAGAAUGAAAAGUGCAUCAUAUAAAAGUACUUCUACGAAAUAUUUUGUUUUUAGGGGUUUAUUUAUUACAAUUAGGGACCUGCGAUAUUUGAGUUUUGUGUUAACGAAAGACAGAAAAUCUGGACAUUUUUUAAAUUCAUAUUAUAACAAAAUGUUUCCUCAAUGGUGUCACUGCUGUCAUUUCUGUACCUGCUGUCAUUUCUGUCCCUGCUGUCAUUUCUGUCCCUGUUGUCAUUUCUGUCCUUGCUGUCAUUUCUGACACUGCUGUCAUUUCUGCCACUGCUUUCAUUUCUGUCCCUGCUGUCAUUGCUGUCAUUUUCUGUCACUGUUUUCAUUUCUGUCAUUGUUUUCAUUUCUGUCACUGCUGUCAUUUCUGGUAUUGCUGUCAUUUGAAUGCAAUAAUAUUGAAAACGGAAUUUGUGAUUAAAAUUCCUUUAACUGAUUUGUAAAAGAAUAGAAAUUAUGAUAUAUGACAUUUAGUCAUUCUUUUAUAUUUUAUUAUUUUAUAAUUUAGAAAUUGUAUAUUUUUAAAAUAUGUUCUUAAAACAAACGCUUCAAUAUCCCCGCAGCCGAAAUCACACGUUCGAUUAUGACGCAGACAAUCGACCAAUCAAUGGCAGUCUUUUCCUAGAAGCCUGCCCCAAUGGGUGGGUCUAUGCAAAGUCGACUAUUCGUCUUAAUGCAGUUUCUCAGGUACAAACGCCAGCACUAAGCAUGUCAGCACUAAACAUGUCAGCACUAAACACGUCAGCACUAAACACGUCAGCACUAAACACGUCAGCACUAAACAUGUCAACACUAAACAUGUUAGCAGUAAACACGUCAGCAGUAAACACGUCAGCACUAAACACGUCAGCACUAAACACGUCAGCACUAAAAACGUCAGCACUAAACUUGUUAGCAGUAAACACGUCAGCAGUAAACACGUCAGCAGUAAACACGUCAGCACUAAACACUUCAGCACUAAACACGUCAGCACUAAACACGUCAGCACUAAACACGUCAGCACUAAACACGUCAGCACUAAACACGUCAGCACUAAACACGUCAGCACUAAACACGUCAGCACUAAACACGUCAGCACUAAACUUGUCAGCCCCACUGAUGGGCUCAAGAGAUAAAACAAAAUAAUCAAAUCUAGACACGUUUAAUAUAAAAUUAAAACACUUAUUCUCUAAUGCACUAAUGUAAAUGUUAUGCCCAUCCAUACCAAAGUAAAUAAAUAUCCCCCAUUUUUUAAUCGCCGGGUCGGUGGGGGGGGGGGGCGACAUUUUAAGAAAAAUUAACAUGCUCUUCAAAUCUAAAUUAUUUUUCUUAAAAAAUGCAUGAUACAAAUUAAUAAAUUUAAGUAAAUGAUAAACAAAUUAUUUUACAAUUUAAUGUAUUAUAUAUGUUACCCAGCUGUUACACGCCCGUAUUUGACGGGUGAGACAAAUGACAAAAGUAAGGUAGCAGUUACUUGAACUACAGCAGAGUGAUGUAGAGACCAGGGGAUAGCGAGGACAUGCUGAAAUGUUCAGAUCUUAUUGUCCUGUCCAUUGUUUCAAGAUUCAACAUAGAGUCUACCACGUUUUGCUAUUUCAUUUAGGGAGGACACAAGGCCCACUAACCUAAAUAAAUACGUUCAAUUAAUUAAAUUCAUUUUGUUAGAUAUAUUUAGCAUUGACAGACUGAAAAAUCUCUGAAAGGUGGCAAACUCUUAGUGUCGUAUUUUAUUAAUAAUAUUUUGCCAUUUUUGACCAAAAAAAAUUGAUCAUGAGAUUUAAAAGCAAUCCGUCCCUCCCUGCCGAUCUCCAGUCCAUUCUUUGGAGAUAUCAUUUUUAAUGUUGGCUUUUCGCUUAAGAAAGGUUGCCAACAAACUGUUCUGGCCUGUCUGAGCAAAGUACAGCGACACUUUUCUUCUGAGGCAGUCAAAAUGAAACUUUUCGUCUGAGGCAGUCAAAACGAAACUUCUCGACUGAGGCAGUCAAAAUGACACUUUAGUCCGAGGCAGUCAAAAUGACACUUUCGUCUGAGGCAGUCAAAAUGACACUUUUCGUCUGAGGCAGUCAAAAUGACACUUUUCGUCUGAGGCAGUCAAAAUGACACUUUUCGUCUGAGGCAGUCAAAAUGACACUUUUCGUCUGAGGCAGUCAAAAUGACACUUUUCUUCUGAGGCAGUCAAAAUGACACUUUCGUCUGAGGCAGUCAAAAUGACACUUUCGUCUGAGGCAGUCAAAAUGACACUUUCGUCUGAGGCAGUCAAAAUGACACUUUUCGUCUGAGGCAGUCAAAAUGACACUUUUCGUCUGAGGCAGUCAAAAUGACACUUUUCGCCUGAGGCAGUCAAAAUGACACUUUUCGCCUGAGGCAGUCAAAAUGACACUUUUCGCCUGAGGCAGUCAAAAUGACACUUUUCGCCUGAGGCAGUCAAAACGUCAAUUUUAUGUUCUGAAUUUACGUUAAAAAAUUUGAAUCACAAUCACGCUUUUAUAUUAUAAAUUUAGGCCAAAGCCAGUGUCUCAGAAUAAAACUGCAUUCUCAGAUGUACUAUCUAAGUUAUCUGCCAAAGCCAGUGUCUCAGAAUAAAACUGCAUUCUUAGAUGUACUAUCUAAGUUAUCUGCCAAAGCCAGUGUCUCAGAAUAAAACUGCAUUCUUAGAUGUACUAUCUAAGUUAUCUGCCAAAGCCAGUGUCUCAGAAUAAAACUGCAUUCUUAGAUGUACUAUCUAAGUUAUCUGCCAAAGCCAGUGUCUCAGAAUAAAACUGCAUUCUUAGAUGUACUAUCUAAGUUAUCUGCCAAAGCCAGUGUCUCAGAAUAAAACUGCAUUCUUAGAUGUACUAUCUAAGUUAUCUGCCAAAGCCAGUGUCUCAGAAUAAAACUGCAUUCUUAGAUGUACUAUCUAAGUUAUCUGCCAAAGCCAGUGUCUCAGAAUAAAACUGCAUUCUUAGAUGUACUAUCUAAGUUAUCUGCCAAAGCCAGUGUCUCAGAAUAAAACUGCAUUCUUAGAUGUACUAUCUAAGUUAUCUGCCAAAGCCAGUGUCUCAGAAUAAAACUGCAUUCUUAGAUGUACUAUCUAAGUUAUCUGCCAAAGCCAGUGUCUCAGAAUAAAACUGCAUUCUUAGAUGUACUAUCUAAGUUAUCUGCCAAAGCCAGUGUCUCAGAAUAAAACUGCAUUCUUAGAUGUACUAUCUAAGUUAUCUGCCAAAGCCAGUGUCUCAGAAUAAAACUGCAUUCUUAGAUGUACUAUCUAAGUUAUCUGCCAAAGCCAGUGUCUCAGAAUAAAACUGCAUUCUUAGAUGUACUAUCUAAGUUAUCUGCCAAAGCCAGUGUCUCAGAAUAAAACUGCAUUCUUAGAUGUACUAUCUAAGUUAUCUGCCAAAGCCAGUGUCUCAGAAUAAAAUUGCAUUCUUAGAUGUACUAUCUAAGUUAUCUGCCAAAGCCAGUGUCUCGGAAUAAAACUGCAUUCUUAGAUGUACUAUCUAAGUUAUCUGCCAAAGCCAGUGUCUCAGAAUAAAACUGCAUUCUUAGAUGUACUAUCUAAGUUAUCUGCCUAAGCCAGUGUCUCGGAAUAAAACUGCAUUCUCAGAUGUACUAUCUAAGUUAUCUGCCAAAGCCAGUGUCUCAGAAUAAAACUGCAUUCUCAGAUGUACUAUCUAAGUUAUCUGCCAAAGCCAGUGUCUCGGAAUAAAACUGCAUUCUUAGAUGUACUAUCUAAGUUAUCUGCCAAAGCCAGUGUCUCAGAAUAAAAAUGCAUUCUUAGAUGUACUAUCUAAGUUAACUGCCAAAGCCAGUGUCUCAGAAUAAAACUGCAUUCUUAGAUGUACUAUCUAAGUUAUCUGCCAAAGCCAGUGUCUCAGAAUAAAACUGCAUUCUUAGAUGUACUAUCUAAGUUAUCUGCCAAAGCCAGUGUCUCAGAAUAAAACUGCAUUCUUAGAUGUACUAUCUAAGUUAUCUGCCAAAGCCAGUGUCUCAGAAUAAAACUGCAUUCUUAGAUGUACUAUCUAAGUUAUCUGCCAAAGCCAGUGUCUCAGAAUAAAACUGCAUUCUUAGAUGUACUCUCUAAGUUAUCUGCCAAUGCCAGUGUCUCAGAAUAAAACUGCAUUCUUAGAUGUACUAUCUAAGUUAUCUGCCAAAGCAUGUGUCUCAGAAUAAAACUGCAUUCUUAGAUGUACUAUCUAAGUUAUCUGCCAAAGCCAGUGUCUCAGAAUAAAACUGCAUUCUUAGAUGUACUCUCUAAGUUAUCUGCCAAAGCCAGUGACUCAGAAUAAAACUGCAUUCUUAGAUGUACUCUCUAAGUUAUCUGCCAAAGCCAGUGUCUCAGAAUAAAACUGCAUUCUUAGAUGUACUAUCUAAGUUAUCUGCCAAAGCCAGUGUCUCAGAAUAAAACUGCAUUCUUAGAUGUACUAUCUAAGUUAUCUGCCAAAGCCAGUGUCUCAGAAUAAAACUGCAUUCUUAGAUGUACUCUCUAAGUUAUCUGCCAAAGCCAGUGUCUCAGAAUAAAACUGCAUUCUUAGAUGUACUAUCUAAGUUAUCUGCCAAAGCCAGUGUCUCAGAAUAAAACUGCAUUCUUAGAUGUACUAUCUAAGUUAUCUGCCAAAGCCAGUGGCCCACAAUAAAAUAUAGUAUCUGCAGUUUUGUAUCAUUUAUAUUUAUAUCUAUUGGUUUAUCUCAUUCUUCGUCUCGCAAAAAAAUAAGAAAACAUUCAGCCACCAAUGGAAAAGGAAUUGUGUCGAAAAAGUUCACGGGAAUUAUUGGUGCUCAUAGAUAUACAUAUGUUUGUUGUUGUUGUUCCAUUUAUGAUUGAAUAAAUAUUUUAGUCUGGAAAAUGCAGAAGGUUUGCCAAAAUGGACUUAUGGGGGUCUUGCCACUCUCUCUGCUUCCUCACUCUUUCUCUCGCUCUGAUCUCCUCUCCUCUCUCUCUCUCUCUCUCUCUCUCUGCCCUCCUGACAUCUCUCUCUCUCUCUCUCUCUCUCUUGCCCUCCUGGCAUCCCUAUUUGAUUCCCUCCUGACCGCUCUCUCUGCUGCACUCCUGGUCGCGCUUUCUCUCUAUCUCUCUGCCCUCCUGGCCCCGCCACUUUCUCUGAUGCCACUUUGCCGCUCUAUUUGCAGCCCUCUUGGCACCUCUCUCUGCUGCCCCCUGGCCGCACUCUCUGCUUCCAUUUUGACCGCUCUCUUUGCUGUCCCACUUGUAUCUCUUUCUCUAUAGCCCAAUACAUUAAUUUUACUUUGUAAAAAUUUCAAAUAAAGCAGGACAACAAUUAUACUUUUAAAAAAAAGAGAGAUUAAACCAUAAUGCAUUUUUUAAAAUUCCCUUUUGUAUAUUCCAGAUCAAUCUGGUUUGCAACAAUAGAAUGU